CUUCCAACAUCUCCUCCGUCUCAAUCUCCCCUCUCCCAAUUGCAAUCCAUUUGCAAUUGCUUUUCUCCCUAUCCUAGUUGUCGUUAGAUAACGCUCUAAUAUGUUCCGGAACGCCCUCCGACAGUCCACGCGUGCCGUGGGUGCCAUCUCUGCCACCAGCAGAGUUGCCGUGGCACGAAAUGCCGCACCCGCAGCCCUGAGCUUCCAACUCCGAACAUACGCCGCCGACGCGAAGGCAUCACCAACUGAGGUCUCCUCCAUUCUCGAGCAGCGGAUCCGUGGUGUUCAGGAGGAGUCCAACCUCGCCGAGACUGGUCGCGUUCUCUCCGUCGGUGACGGUAUUGCCCGUGUCCAUGGCAUGGCCAAUGUCCAGGCCGAGGAGCUGGUCGAGUUCGCCUCCGGUGUCAAGGGCAUGUGCAUGAACCUCGAGGCUGGCCAGGUCGGUGUCGUGCUCUUCGGUUCCGAUCGUCUGGUCAGGGAGGGUGAGACCGUCAAGCGUACCGGCGAGAUUGUUGAUGUCCCUGUCGGCCCCGAGCUUCUCGGCCGUGUCGUCGACGCUCUCGGCAACCCCAUCGACGGCAAGGGCCCCCUCAACACCAAGGAGAGGCGCCGAGCCCAGCUCAAGGCCCCCGGCAUUCUCCCUCGCCGCUCCGUCAACCAGCCAGUGCAGACUGGCAUGAAGUCUAUCGAUGCCAUGGUGCCCAUUGGCCGUGGCCAGCGUGAGCUGAUUAUCGGUGAUCGUCAGACCGGUAAGACUGCCGUCGCCCUCGACACCAUGCUCAACCAGAAGCGGUGGAACAACGGCACCGAUGAGACCAAGAAGCUGUACUGCGUCUACGUCGCCGUCGGCCAGAAGCGAUCCACCGUCGCCCAGCUCGUCAAGACCCUCGAGGAGAACGACGCCAUGAAGUACUCUAUCGUCGUCGCCGCCACUGCCUCCGAGGCCGCUCCUCUGCAGUACCUUGCCCCCUUCACCGGUGCCUCCAUCGGCGAGUGGUUCCGUGACAACGGCAAGCACUCGCUCAUCAUCUACGACGAUCUGUCCAAGCAGGCUGUCGCCUACCGCCAGAUGUCCCUGCUCCUGCGUCGUCCCCCCGGCCGUGAGGCUUACCCCGGUGACGUCUUCUACCUCCACUCUCGUCUCCUCGAGCGUGCUGCCAAGUUGAACGACAAGCACGGCGGUGGUUCCAUGACUGCCCUGCCCAUCAUCGAGACCCAGGGCGGUGAUGUGUCUGCCUACAUCCCCACCAACGUCAUUUCCAUUACCGACGGCCAGAUCUUCCUGGAGGCUGAGCUCUUCUACAAGGGUAUCCGACCUGCCAUCAACGUCGGUCUUUCCGUCUCCCGUGUCGGCUCUGCUGCCCAGCUCAAGGCCAUGAAGCAAGUCGCUGGUUCGCUCAAGCUCUUCUUGGCCCAAUACCGUGAGGUCGCCGCCUUCGCCCAGUUCGGUUCCGAUUUGGAUGCCGCCACCAAGCAGACCCUCAGCAGAGGUGAACGCUUGACCGAGCUUCUCAAGCAGAAGCAGUACUCUCCCAUGGCCGUCAACGAGAUGGUUCCCCUCAUCUUCGCUGGUGUCAACGGUUACCUCGACCAGGUCCCCGUCGGCAAGAUCCUGCAGUGGGAGGCUGACUUCCUGGCGCACCUCAAGACCAAUGAGGCCGAUGUCAUCACAACCAUCGACAAGGAGGGUUCGAUCAGCAAGGACCUCGAGGCCAGGUUGAAGGAGAUCAUCCAGACCUUCACCAAGAGCUUCCUGGGUUAAUUGCAGCAGACUCAGACCUUGCUGGGGUUCUUGGAGAAGAUGUAUGGGGGUAGAUGACUGUUUAUACCGCGUCCGGGUGCGUCGUUUAGAGAGGAAGCUUCCGUUUCGGGUGCUGGGACUGAGGCAUGGAAGUGCGGGAGGGGAGAUUCUCCAGUCGAACCACUGUAAAAUAGAGCCGAAUACUCAAUCAAGCACUCGAUUCCUUUUGUCCGUAAUCAUCGCAAUCUUUAUAAAAUCUACUCUUUUAUUUGUGCCAAGCUGGACUGGAAGCGAUGUGAAGGGAGAAAUCAGUUGCUUCUUGACCUUGAUUCAUCACCUUCACACCUAGAUAUUACGUUACAACUGUCAACUCAACGUUUGUCGUCGAACCCCCC